UGUGUGUGUGUGCGCGUGUGUGCGUGUGUGUGUGUGUGUCCCUGCCUGCCUGCCUUCCCGCCUUCCCAGACCGGUACCGGCUCUGCUGCGGCUGCACAGUUCCGUUUCAUCAGCUUCUGGAACAUUCCCGGGUUUUUACCGCAGCCGUGAACGGAAGCGUCACCAUUUUAAUGCGAGAGAUACACUUGACAGCGAGCUAACAUUAACUAGCUAAAUCCAGCCGCCGAACCGCGUCAAGAAAACACGGACUUUAGUACCGAACAGGAUCCGGUGUUCACGGAACCAGUUUUUAACAGCGGCUCCGGUGUUCGCAGACCGCAGCACACCUGUGCGCAUCAUUCGGCUUCAGGACCUGACCUCUAACUGGUGUUAAACCGAUCUUAAAUCUGCUCCAGAGUCCAGAACCAUGAGCGCCCAGGGACCGGGACCGGGCCGGAAGAGGAUCCCGAACCGGGACAAGCUGAGCGCAGAGGACGAGGCUCUGAACCAGAUCAUCCGGGAGGCAGAGGCACGGCUAGCAGCGAAACGAGCGGCGAGAGCCGAGGCCCGAGAGAUUAGGAUGAAGGAGCUGGAGAGACGGGAGAAGGAGAGAUAUUAUGGUCUGGAUAAUAAGUGGGGUCACAUUGAAAAGUGGAUGGAGGACAGUGAGCGUUACUCUCGUCCCUCUCGGAGACUCACCUCGGUUUCUGAUGACGAGGAGAAAAUGUCUGUGGGAAGUCGUGGAAGCUUCAGGCCCUCAGAUUACAGCAGCUUCCUGAGCUCCAGCUCUCGAGCUUCUUCCAGGGCGAGUUCAGCUCGAGCGAGUCCAGUGGUGGAGGACAGAUCUGACAGAGACUUCCUGGACAAAGGCUCCAGGACCGCCUCCACUCUGUCCACUGCCACGCUGGCGUCUCUGGGCGGGGCCUCGUCUCGAAGAGGAAGCUGUGACACAUCCUUCUCUGUGGAGACGGAGGCGUCCAUCAGAGAAAUCAAGGACUCUCUGGUGGAGGCGGAGGAGAAGUAUCGUAGAGCCAUGGUCUCUAACGUGCAGCUUCACAGCGAGAAGAUGGCGCUCAUGUAUCAGGUGGACACUUUGAGGGAGGAGCUUAAUGAUAUGGAGGAGAUGUUGUGGGAGGCACGGCGACAGUGUGACGUCACCGCCAAGGAGUUUGAACGAGAACGACAAAAUCACACUGUUACACAAUUGACUCUGAAACACAUGAGAGACGCUGAGAGAGAGAAGGAGGAGCUGCUGACUGAAGUGUGUGAGCUGCGUGGGAGGAGCAGAACACACAGACAGGAAGUGAGUGACCUGCAGGAGGCGCUGCAGUGGAAGGAGAAGAGGAUCAUGGCCUUAGAGCGACACAAAGACCUCUGUGAUGUCACCGGGCUGAAGAAAGAGGGUGUGGUCUCACCUGACGCCGCCCCCAAUGGUGAAUUGGAGAAGUGCACGGCUCAGGAGGCAUGUCCUGGUGUCAGGGAGAGCAUGCUGGGUGAAGCUGGAGCGCAGCGUCCAGCAGAGGACGCCACGGGUCCACAGGAUGAGAGGAAGGACACCACGUGUCCACAGGACGAGAGGAAGGACGCCACGUGUCCACAGGAUGAGAGGAAGGACGCCACCUGCAGGACAUUUAAAUGUUCAGUGAAUCUCAGGACGCUUCAGCCCGAGAACUUCACAUCCACAACCCAACCAGGAUCUGCAGUUGCCAUGGUAACCGCAGAGGACUGGGUCUUGCCAGGAAGAAGCAAACACAACACCAGAUCAGAGUCCAGACCUGUUCCACCACAACCUCAGAGAGAACUCCUCCUGGACUACGAAGAACCUGACCAUCCACUGCCAUGGAAACUAAAACCAGACACGGCGUCCGGUUCCGUUGAAGACUUGACUCAAACGUGUCUGUCUGUCGAUCAACAGAAUCCAGAAGAACAUGGAAGAACCAGUAGAGAUGAUACGGAUGAUGAAGACGGUUUGGGACAGUCUGAAGACGAAGACCGUGAAGGACAAAAUCCUCAAGUUCUUAGUAGAGAUUUGAAAUCAGCAGGUCCUCAAAGUCCAGGAGAAGACAAACACGUGACCUUCAGUGGUUUCAGCUGCUCCGAUGGUGGUGAUGAACCCAAAAACCAGGAGCCUGAUCCACGUGGACCAGAGGAAGGAGAGGAGGUGAAGAACCAGAGGAUUUAUGAAGAAGAGUCUCCUCUGGUGCAGAAAACAAAUCUAGAACUUAUAUUUGAAAAUCAGAACCAAACACCACAGUCUUCAGCUGGAUCUCUGUUUGUCCACAGGGGGGCACUGAAGGACUGGACUGGUCUGGACAAGAUGGUUCAGAGCAUCCUCAGGCAGUUUCUUCAGAAUCAAAGUUUUGUGGCUGAGAUGAGGAACCGUGUUCCUAAACUCACAGGAUCUGUGAACUGGUGGAUUCCUGAAGGACAAGACAUGGAAAUGAGAACCCAAGCCAAAGUUCUGGAUAAGCAGGGUCUACAAGACCACACCAAACCAUUAGCAGAUGGAGAUCAAACCCAGGAUCCAUCAGGUACUGGUUCCAUCAUUGACCGAGAAGCUGCAGGAAGAAGGUCAGAGGUCACCUUCAGAACACCUGCUUCAGAAGAUCAGAGGAACCAGGACCCUGACCUGACCCCGGGCUUCUGCUGCCACCGGUUAGUUUUUGUCGAGUCAUACUUUGCUGAACCCUUUGAGAGCCGAGCAGAAGAUUGUGGGUCAGAUCAGGAUUCAGUGGAUCUGGAUCAUGAACCAGAGGAACCAGCAGGAAGUCCUGCUGAAGGUCUACAGGAAGAACAACAUCAAACAAACUGUUGCCUUCAUCACAAGUCAAAGGUUGUUUUUCCUGUGAAGAACAGGAAGCAGAAAAAUGACUGUGACAUUUUAUAAACUGAUCAUGUGACUGAUGAUGUCACUUAAAUUCGUGUGUGUGUGUGUGUGUGUGUGUGGGCUGUCUCACUGUACUGCAAGUGAGAGGACACACACACACAGAUACUAAAGAGAAGGGGGCGGAGCAUUGCAGCCCGUGGCCAAGUGGAAAGGGAACUUGACUUGUAACCGGAGGGUCGCCGGUUCAAAUCCCCACCCGGCCAAAAAAAAAGGGCUGGGGUACUCCUGAGCAAGGUACCCAACCCCCAAUGCUCCCCGGGCGCUACUCAGUGUGGCAGCCCACUGCUCCUAAUUCUAGGAUGGGUCAAAUGCAGAGGAAUACUUUCCUUAGGGGAUUAAUAAUGAAUUUAAACUUUAAACUUUAACUUUAAUGUCAGUUACUCUCGUCACCUUAGUGGACAAAUAAUGUGCAAUAAAAUCUUCAAACAUCAAGAAUUCAUGUUUGAAUCUUUAAUUCACUUCAAAAUCAUCGUUAUUAUUGAUUUAAUUAUGUGUGUGUGCGUGCGUGCAUGUGUGUGUGCGUGCAUGUGUGUGUGUGUGUGUGUUGCAGAGCUGCAGCUGAAGAAGCUUCUCGAUGAACGGCUGAAUUUACAGGAUGAGAUGAGACACCUGAGGACUCAGCUGGACACUGAUGCAGUGCAGCAGCCACAGGUGGGCGCUGCUGUAGACCUGGACCUGCAGAGAGACACUAACAGACUCAUCAGUGAACUCAAGUUUAAACUGGUCAGGUGUGAACAGGAAGUGACUGUUCUGCAACACAACGUCAUCCGUCUUGAAGGUCAGGUGACUCGAUACAAGUCGGCAUCAGAGAAGAGCGAGAUGAUGGAGGACGAGCUGAAGGUGGAGAACAGGAAACUGCAGAGAGAGGAAAGUAUCAGGACUGUCUGUCUGUUUGUCUCUGUGUGUCUGUCUGUCUGUCUCUCUCGUGUCUCUCGUUCUUUGACUUCACAUCUGUCUCUCGUGUCUCUCGUUCUUUGACUUCACGUCUGUCUCUCGUGUCUCUCGUUCUUUGACCUCACGUCAGUCUCUCGUGUCUCUCGUUCUUUGACUUCACAUCUGUCUCUCGUUCUUUGACCUCACGUCUGUCUCUCGUGUCUCUCGUUAUUUGACCUCACGUCUGUCUCUCGUGUCUAUCAUUCUUUGAUUUCACAUCUGUCUCUCGUGUCUCUCGUUCUUUGACUUCACGUCUGUCUCUCGUGUCUAUCAUUCUUUGAUUUCACAUCUGUCUCUCGUGUCUCUCGUUCUUUGACUUCACAUCUGUCUCUCGUUCUUUGACCUCACAUCUGUCUCUCGUGUCUCUCGUUAUUUGACCUCACGUCUGUCUCUCGUGUCUAUCAUUCUUUGAUUUCACAUCUGUCUCUCGUGUCUCUCGUUCUUUGACUUCACGUCUGUCUCUCGUGUCUCUCGUUCUUUGACCUCACGUCUGUCUCUCGUGUCUCUCGUUCUUUGACUUCACAUCUGUCUCUCGUUCUUUGACCUCACGUCUGUCUCUCGUGUCUCUCGUUCUUUGACCUCACGUCUGUCUCUCGUGUCUCUUGUUCUUUGACUUCACGUCUGUCUCUCGUUCUUUGACCUCACGUCUGUCUCUCGUGUCUCUCGUUCUUUGACUUCACGUCUGUCUCUCGUGUCUCUCGUUCUUUGACUUCACAUCUGUCUCGUUCUUUGACCUCACGUCUGUCUCUCGCUCUUUGACUUCACGUCUGUCUCUCGUUCUUUGACCUCACUUCUGUCUCUCGUGUCUCUCGUUCUUCAGCUUCACGUCUGUCUCUCGUGUCUCGCAUUCUUUGACUUCACGUCUGUCUUUGGUGUCUCUUGUUCUUUGACCUCACGUCUGUCUCUCGUGUCUCUCGUUCUUCAGCUUCACGUCUGUCUGUCGUGUCUCUCGUUCUUUGACCUCACGUCUGUCUCUCGUGUCUCUCGUUCUUCAGCUUCACGUCUGUCUCUCGUGUCUCGCAUUCUUUGACUUCACGUCUGUCUUUGGUGUCUCUCGUUCUUUGACCUCACGUCUGUCUCUCGUGUCUCUCGUUCUUCAGCUUCACGUCUGUCUUUCGUGUCUCUCGUUCUUUGACCUCAUGUCUCUCGUUCUUUGGCUUCACGUCUGUCUCUCGUGUCUCGCGUUCUUUGACUUCACGUCUGUCUUUCGUGUCUCUCGUUCUUUGACCUCACGUCUGUCUCUCGUGUCUCUCGUUCUUUGACCUCACGUCUGUCUCUCGUGUCUCUCGUUCUUUGACUUCACGUCUGUCUCUCAUGUCUCUCGUUCUUUGACUUCACGUCUGUCUCUCGUUCUUUGACUUCACGUCUGUCUCUGGUGUCCCUGCAGCUCAGAGCGGCGUUGGACCGUGUGGACGAGUUGGACACAUCCAACAGUCACCUGACCAAGCGUCUGGAGAAGAUGAAGUCCAACCGCAGCGCUCUGCUGGCCCAGCAGUGAGAGGGGGCGGAGUUACCUGACAUCGUAAUGUGGGCGGAGUUUACAAGAUGGGACUUGAACCAGACCAGAAACAUUUCCAUGGCAACAAGGAGGGUCAUGUGACAUUUAGCAGUCGUUGACAUUAGGGGGCGUCGUCCUCCUCUUGUAACUGUUCAUUGAUCAAUGAUUAGAACUCUGUAUAAGCCCCUCCCCCUGAAUAAACAGGGCGUGGUCAUGGA